AUGCAGCGCAUUUUGGACGAUGUCGAUUGGCUUGUGUACGCCAAGAUGGAAAACACGAUGCCGCUUACGGUCGCGAACAUGGGUGCGCGCAAAUCCUGGGCCAAGCACAUGCUGUUGCAUGAGGAUGCCGGGUCCGUCUGGGACUCCAUUUUUUUUGGGACGACAAAAAAUGAAUCUUGA